CGGAAUCACAAUUUAAAAUUAUGUAAGUAAAAAAAUGGUGUGCGAAGAAAUCCCUGCACGGCAGGCUACAUGUUGUUGAGGGCGGCACCCGCAAUCCUCCAUCAGUAUCAGACGCCUAAAUCCUCUUUCUCCGGCGCCAUCAAUCCUCCUCCUUCCCGACUCUGUUCGAUCCAAUUCCACUCCCGCCGAAUCGCAUAUAGCCCUGCCUUGUUGUCGUAUUCAUCCCCAAUGGCUACUGGCGAGGCGACGGUGCGGUCUUCUCCGGCGGUGAUUAAUCUGAACCCUAUCGACGCCACUCCGGAGACCUUCAAGGAAUUCGGGCAGGUAAUCGAGGCCUCACCCGACGGGGACGAGUUCGGCCCCGCCGACGCUCAGCUCGACCUCUCCCGCGGCAUCCCUAGGUUCUACAUCAUGCAUAUCGAAAACAGGCCUCUCAAGUUUUCAACCAUCACGCACCACGCCAGUGUGACCCAAUGCCUAGGUUCAAUCGGCGGCCACACAUGGUAUCUUGGAGUUGCAAAGCCAUCCAUCAUAGAUCCAACUGAAGGGAAGGCAGCGAAUGCAGUGGAAUCCCACUGCGGGCAUUACUACUCCCCUCCAGUCGUCGAUGAAGUGCAGGUUUUCAGAGUGUCGGGUCCCAAGUUUCUGAAGCUUCACCGGGGGACAUGGCACGCGGGGCCAUUGUUUGUCGCCAAAGCGAUGGACUUUUACAACCUGGAACUGAGCAAUACCAAUGUUGUGGAUCAUACAACUCAUAGCUUUGCCAAGAAGAAUAAUGUUGUGUUUUCAUUUGAUGAGUAAGAAUAUUGGCUGUUUUGUGUUGUGUUGUGUUGUAGUUUCAUCAAUAAACUCUGUUGUUAUUCUUGUAUUGUACAUUGUUUGUUUGUAUUUGAAUAUAUAUGCUUUCCACA